GCAGCACCUAGCACUAUCAACCGUUUCUCGACCAGUGAAGGGCAGUCACUUUCAAAUCAUCUCCAUCAUGAGCUCCACCACUCCCAAGGACCAAGUCGCCUCCCCGUCAAACAAGGCUGACUACGUGGCUGACACGAAUGCCGAGACUGCCCCCGUGGCCGUCGCCAUCGACGCCGCCGAUGUCGCCAUGCAACCCGACCUUGGGGUCGACCACAACGGGCUCGUGGUAGGCCGCUGGAAGGCCGACAUUUUCGCAUGUUUCAACCAAGUCGUGCCCAACUGCUUGCUGCCGACGUUCUGCCCCUGCGUGUCCCUCGCGCAGACGUUGCACCGUGUCGGCAUGUAUACGUUCAACAACGUGUUGAUCGUGUUCGCCGCCCUCUACGCCGCACACGUCGUCCUUUCCUUCAUCCAGACGUCGUCCUCGUCGAUUCUGUGGUCGUGGAUUGGCCUAGCGCUUCAACUGGUGGCGUUCGUGAUGGUCAUGGUCGUUCGUCGGCGCAUCCGCACUGCGUUCCAAAUCCCUGGGUCUGACGUGGAAGACUGUGCGUGCUCGUUCUUCUGCUCAUGCUGCGUGCUUGCCCAAAUGGCCACCCAGACCGAAUCGUACACCCCCAGCGAAUGCACGUUCAGCCCCAAAGACACGUUGCCAGGCUACCGAUUCGAAUAAAUCAAAAUCCAGGAAUAAAAUAACUCAAGCGUUGGGUCGAAAUCAUGCUGACGUUGUC